AAUUGCUGAUGCAUGUCAUUAGAUCCGCUUGAUUCUCUCAUCGCACCAGCAAUGACGCAGCGCGCUUUUGGAGGGGCUACUACUGCUAACAUUGAACGCUGGUGCUCCGAGAGCCCAAGCACAUGCAAAACUUCCCCUCUAUCAAAUCUGGAUCUACAGCUCACCUUCGUAACAGUCUUUUUUGCCGCGCGGCAAUCAUAUCCAUGAACCAUAAGCUAUCGUAUUAAAGGGCAGAUCUUUUACCCGUAGAUCCUCAGAUUUGGCUGAUUAUGCCUAUUUCCACCACUUCAUAGCUAUCCUUUCGCUCGAUCGGUUGGGUCACCCAGCGUCGGCCUUAUGGCUGCUUAUGCUUCCACGAGCGGCAUUGUGCCCGCGCAGCUGGGCUUCCUGGCCCUGUUCAAUCCUUCGCUGGGCCAGACGGAUGAGACAGUUGACGACCAGAUCGUUUACUAUGCCUCUGUUUCUACACAGAGCUCCAGCCGCCGACGCAGGCGUGCGCGCACGAGACCGACAGAUGGCAUCUCCCAAGAGGAGCGCCACGAGCGGCUGCGACAGAUUGGCCUCGCCCAAGGAAUGGUCAACUUCGGCCGCGGUUUCUCUGAUGGAGCUGCGGUAGAUGCCAUCGACACAGAGAAGUCGAGGGUGAUUGCCCAUGAGCUGGAGCCGGGAUGGUGGAUUCUUGCGAGCACCGACCUGAAUAAGGUGCCUCUCCCUCCAAGGCUACCUACCAAGACUGGAGAGCAACAGGAGGAGAGAUAUGAGUAUUCGACCCGGGAGAUGAAGCCGGCUGCGCUGCUGCUGAGGGAUCUGUUGCGUGCGCACAGCAUCUUCCUCUUGCAUCAUGGAUCAUCACUAAGCGCCUUGUUUGUGCGACAUCGCCGAGUCAAGUUCAUCGCGCUGCUAAGCCGCUACUGGGACCUGUUUCUAUCUACCUGGAACGUCAUGCUGCACGGAAACCCUGCAAGAGACAUUUUCGGCGGCAUCAACGUUGCUGCCUCUGGAGAGCUCGGGGUAGGGGUUGGUGAAGAAGACAGAGGAAGCGGUGAAAGAGAGGUGCUCGAGGGCUUGGUCAGCCGAGUGGAAGGCCUUGUUGAUCUUGUCGUCUCAAGAUUCGGGUCUGACGAUGUCGAAUCAGAGCCCGGCAAGUCGAAUAAGACGGAGGUAGAGCCAUGGCUUGGCAGCGGCAAGGAGCCUAGAGCUGAAGACGGCGCCAUAUUCCUUGGGACGGGGGCGUUAUCACGAAAGUCUCUACGGGACGUGACAAACUGGAUGGAAGAUCUGUAUACCUGGGGCGAGCACGCAUAUGGUGUCAUAGAGAGUCCAACCUCAACACGGCGCGCUCGAGCCAAGAAGUCGUCUUCAAAGGUGGUGGUUCCGGAUGACAUCCAGCACCCAAAAGAUGAUGCAGCACUCAAGGCAACGGAGCCUGCAGAAGAAAGCGUCCCAUCUACGAGUGAUGUGCAGGAUGCUCAGCCAAAAGCAUCGGAAGGUGAACAGAGUCAAGCAGCUCAAGAGCCUGAGGCUGGAAGACUUGACAAGAUGGUCAGCUAUCUAACGUUAGGUUACGGAUCGUAUUGGUCUUUUCCCGGAGCUGGAGGCAAUUCGUCAGAAGCGGCCGAUCAACAACAAGCUGCCGCUAAUGGCAAGCCAAAUGCCACAGGCGCACCGGACUCGCGUCCCAAGUUGUUGAAACGACCAUCUUCUAUGGCUUCUGGCCACUACUUGAUUGGCCUCAGAGGGGACAUUGAAGACGAGGAGAUUGCUGAGAAUGAUCCAGAAGGCGCGCUGGUUUCAGACGAUCCUGACGGCGAUGAAAACAACUCUCGUACCGUUCUUCGCACCCUCCACGUUGAGCUGGAAAGUUCAUCUGCUACGGAGAACCGCCUUGACAGUGCCAUCGUCAGAGAUUUCGAGCAUCCCGCCAAUCCGUUGACUUCAUCCCAAGAGGUGGGAAACAUGCUCCCCAACUAUGCCUCUCACGACGCCAACAUGGCGGAAAAGCUCCGCGUCGUCGUCUACGUCAACAAGCCCUUCAUCUUCACCUUUCUUUUCCGCCUCCGCACGGAUUCCCUGGCUUGGGACACCCUUUACCGCUCCCUGCACUACCAGCUCUCUCCGCUGAGGAAGCCCCUCUUGGCGUCAACCAAAUACCGUCCCGAGCGCCCAGACGCUGGCCCUGUAACAUCCCACAUCCAAGACCUCGUAUGGGAUCCGCCCUCGCUCACCGUGCACUCGUCCAUACCAAACAUCCCCGACUUCUUCCCCGACCCGGCGGCUGCAUCUUCACCGUCUCCUUCACCCGCGUGGUCCCGCGCGGAUGCCGUAAGUACACACCUCCAUCUCCUCAACAUCUACGCCGCGACGCGCUCCCGCAUCACCAACCUCGAGCGCACGCAAAAGACAAAUCGCGGAUGGUGGAUCGUCUGGACGCGGGUCCUUCAGCGCACCGCCGCCACCCCUUCCACAACCCACACUGCCACGGCGGCACUGCCGCUAUCCACUAUUCAUGAGUCCGCGUCGUCAUCAUCCCUGAACUCGAAUUCCCACGCAAGCAACCAUGAAGAAGAAGAAGCUGCCCUCGAAAGCAAGGCCCCUUUGUCUCAUCGCUCGUCCUCUUCUUCUGCAUCCUCCCACUCACCUCCCCCCAUCGUCGACAAGGAGAUAUUCCUUAUCCGACGCGCAAGUGACCACAUUGGCUUUCGUAUUGCUUCAGACGAGGGAGCUUCCGGGGGUGGAGAAGGUAUGGGCCGGUUGGCGCAGGGGAUUGGCGUCGAUACGAGGCGAUAUAUCGAAGAGCUGUUGACCCUGCUGUAAAGAGAAGAGGCCAAGAAAAAGAAUAAUAUGACAGUUUGUAGUUAGCGGCGUAUCGUAUGGGGAAUGCCCAGUUUUUGGCGAGUUGAAUAGAGAUUUGAGCUCUGGUUGAUACGAGGUGACAAUGGCUAUCACAAUUACCCAAAAUUGCGUUGAAGAGUGUUGCCGAUGUUACCCAGUAAUUAGUAUAUGCUAUGGCGCAACUUGGAGGCAUACAUGGCAUAGUGUAAUUAGGUGCAGCGCAAAUGAGCACACUUUUAGUGAAUUUUAGUGAACAGACUAGACAGACACACUAUUUUACUGCGCGUACUGCUUAGCCUGUAGGCAUUACAACACUCACGGCUCACACCAAAUCACGC